GCUUUGGUUUUGGGAGCCCCACGUUAUCCUUCGCAGGCCGCAGGACGAUCUCUCCCCAAAAUCCCACAAAGGCUGUUUAACCAGACCAGCAGGGGAACAGAAUAAAAGGAAAUGGCCACAGCGACGGGCCUCCUCAACUUCGUCACCGCCACCAAGCCCUUCCUCCUCCAACCCAGCCCACGCCACCAGAAGAACCACCAAGCCCUCCCCCUCCGCCGUCGGGCGGCGUUGGCGGCGGCGUACAAGGUGACGAUCGAGCACGAGGGAACGGCAAGGACGAUCGAGGUGGGGCCGGAGGAGACGAUCCUGGGGCGGGCGCUGGAGGAGGGGCUGUCGGUGCCGCACGACUGCAAGCUGGGGGUGUGCAUGACGUGCCCCGCCCGGCUGCUGGCCGGCGAGGUGGACCAGAGCGAGGGGAUGCUGAGCGACGACGUGGUGGAGCGCGGCUACGCCCUCCUCUGCGCCUCCUACCCCCGCUCCGACUGCCGCAUCCGCACCAUCCCCGAGGACGAACUCCUCUCCCUCCAGCUCGCCACCGCCAACGACUGACCCUACUCUAACCCUUGUAAAGCAUUUUAUACUCCUAAUUGUAAAAGGAGAAGGCUAUCUUAGCUGAAAUGGAGGUACUCAGAAGGAAUAUUACUGGGAAUUAGCAUUUCAAUCUACUUGAAGGAAAAAUAUACUAUUUAUUCUAGUUGCCAUGCACUGUCCAAAACAUGUUAUCAAUGGGUUGGUCGACAACUAUAAAGCACAACUUGUGCCAAUGACAAUUCUCAACUGAUGGAUCAAGGACAGGCUUAUUUUAAGAUAGUCUGAUUAGCGGUCAAGUUCCAUUGAAGUACAAAAAUCUGUGAGAGUUAGCACAAGAUAACAAUUGUUUCAAUCAAUUCGUUACUAUUACAGUUCCAA